AUGGAUCAAACACACGCCCGCGCGUUGGAGGCUCUCCAACCGUUCAUCCACCUUGCGAACUCCAAUAGUGCCACAUCGCCACGGUUUGUCGCCAAUAUAAUUACAAAUGCUACGUCCAGUCCACACACCUACGUUUUUGCCGAGCUGUUGGAGACCGAGACUGUGCAAGCCCUAGCAUCACCGGACACCCCCGCUGAGUAUCAGGGCUACCUCAAGCUACUGGAGAUCUUUGCUUGGGGGACAUGGCAAGAAUACCAAGCAACCCCGAAUCUUCCCAAGCUCAGCAGCGAGCAAACCCUCAAGCUCCGCCUCCUCUCCCUCCUCUCUCUAGCUGCCACCACGAAACCCCUCACCUACCCAGCUCUCAUGACCACCCUUUCACUUUCGUCAACUGCUGAGCUCGAAUCUCUCCUAACGACCGCCAUCUAUUCAAACCUGAUCUAUGCUCUCGCGCCGCUCCGCGACGUCCAGCCACAGUCCUUGCCAAAAACGAUCUCUUUCAUUACUGGAUGGGAGUCCUGGUCCGGCUAUGUCAUGGCCAAUUUGGAAGCUGACAUCGCGCGGGUCAAGUCCAAUGCGGCAAAACGUCAGGCCAAGGAGAAAGAAUACCAGGAAGGUCUCGCUAAUGCGAACGAGCGACGACAGGCUACGACUGCAGGUGGUAAGAAGUCAGAUGCAUAUUUGUUUGACCGUCAGACUGGAGGGCGCCCCGGGGGCGGAGUUGGAGGAAACAAGCGGGAAGCAGAUGAUAUUGACCGGGACGAUGGGUUCUUUGAAACCGGAGAAGGUGCUGCCGAUUCUCGCAUGGAUAUUGAUGAAGGAGCUGGGGCUCGUGGUGGCAGCAGGCAUUCGAAGCGCAUACUUGGGGGCAGAAAAGCUUAG